CUUAGGUUAAGGUAUUGAAAGCGUGGUUCAAACGGCAUAUAUAAACAGACACGAUCGCGAUGGCGAAACGUCUCUCGAGGUUACCGGGGAAUCACGGGGAAACAUACGGGACUUUUGUCUUCGACGAUGAGGGACAUACCUUGGGUAAUGCGCUCGCUUCUGUGAUAAAUGAAUAUCCUGGCGUGAAAAUAUGUGGCCACACCGUGCCGCAUCCUGCAGAGAAGAGGGUGCACUUGAACAUCCAAACAACCGGUGAAAAUGUGAUCCAAGUAUUGAAACGAGGCCUCCAGGAUGUUGAAAGAAUGUGCGAUCACACGAUCGAGACAUUUAAUAAUGCCUACGAAAAACAUAAAGUUACGAAAGAAGAGUCUGUGGAUACUACGUAA